AUGGCAGACUUUGACAAUAUCCCCGACUUCGACUCCUUACCGGAAGUCAAGGGCAUGCCCAAAGGCUGUGCCUGGGGUGUUUUCGACAAGGACGGUACAACGGACUAUCUUGGUUGCUUCAAUCUGCUUACACCUGCCGUGAAGAAGGAGGCCUGUAAGGAAGCCCGCGAUGGCGUCUCGAUUUCUCUAAACUGGCCGCUCAACGCAAUUGGCAAGCCCGGCUACGGGCGACGCCCGACCGAGCAUACCGUUCUCGACGCCAAACUUACCUUGGACAUCCAUAGUUUCGACGACGAAGUGGCUUUCAAUACGCAGGCAUCAAGCCAGUGGGACAGCCUCGUGCAUUACGGCCAUCAACACACAGGGCUGUGCUACAAUGGCUCAAGACCAACAACAGAGAAUCUCAUCCAAGGAUUUAGGCACUGCGAUAAGAGUCUUCCCACAUUGAAUCACUGGCACGAGAAGGGUUGUUUAGUCGGGCGGGGGGUUUUAUUGGAUUACCGAGCCUAUGCACAGGCCAAAGGAAUCCAGUACAGCUGCUUUGACAAUGUCCCUAUUUCUGUCCAGGAUCUAGAAGCCGUGGCGGCCCAUCAGGGCACCAAGUUCAAGUACGGCGACAUCCUUCUGGUCAGGACGGGAUUCACCGAGGACCUGGACGCUGCCGAUAUUGAUGAACAAACAAAGCUCCUCGGCACUCACAAGACGGUUGGAGUCAAAGGGAGCCUGGAAACCGCUCGUUGGCUCUGGAACCACCACUUUAGUGCUGUGGCGGGCGAUGCCAUUGCGUUCGAGUCGCUGCCCCCACAGAUCGAAGAAGAGGGGGGAAAGCCAGGAGGUUAUGAUCAGCUAGUUUUGCAUAAAUACCUCUUGGCCUUUUUCGGCAUGCCCAUUGGCGAAUUAUGGGACCUGAAGGCGUUGGGCGAGUAUUGCGCGAAAGCGAAACGAUACGAGUUCCUCCUUACGUCCGCGCCGUUAAAUUAUCCAGGGUCGGUCGGCUCUCCUCCGAAUGCGAUCGCGGUGUUUUAA